AUGGUACGGCUCUCUACAAUAAGAUCAACAAGUCUGUUUGGAAUAAGUACAUACUUGUUGGCAGUGGCGGCAUGGAUUGUUGCAUUUGCAGGCUCCAUAGCGGCAGCCUCGGAUUUAAACAGUUACUAUCCGAAGUUUGCAUGGUGGGGGUUAGUUUUCCAACUUCUCCUUCUAAUAUUUGUCAUCGUGCUAUAUCUCACGAGCACGUUUCACAGGCACCGGAUGUUUCUCAACUGCUUUAUAGCCAUUGCAUUUGUCUACAACUCCAACUCAACCAACAACUUGAUUUAUUACUCAUGGUCGUCCACAGCUGCUGCAAGUGCAGGUUUUAUUCUAUGCUGUAUUAUCAAUAUUUUAUGGCUUUUCUACUUCGGAUCCGACCCCACCUCUCCUCUUAUCGAGCUGCUCGACUCAGUCGGUGAUGGAGAAAAUCUCGUGCUUCAAUCCAGAAGGCUUUCUGCUCGGACAACCGGAAACCCGGCUUCCCAUAAUGCCGCUACUUUCAAUAACGGCAGAAAUGAGGUUUAUUCACCUGGUAAGGACAACCAGAAUCCAUUUGAAGGUGAGCCAUACUCUCGGGAGCUUAAUGGGUUUGAGAAUCCAGCCCAGGACGAUGUUUCAGCUUCUGAAGAUGGCUCUUCUAAACGUUCUUCGUCUGAUAUUGCCGAAAAUACUGCAACUGGCGUUUCUGAGCAUGCUAAUGGUAAAGUUGCUAGCUCUAAUAGUCAUAAAUCCAUUAUUCCGGACUCAGACUAUCCAAUUCUAGUUAGGGGCUUGUAUGAUUACGCGGCAAAUCCCGAUGAUAUCAAUGAACUUUCAUUCAAGAAAGGCGAAAUCUUCAAGGUUAAGGACACGACAGGAAACUGGUGGCAGGGAAAGAACUCUAAUGGUGAUAUUGGUAUGUGUCCAAGUAACUAUCUGGAGGUGAUAAGUUAA